GAACCCAAAAAAAAAGCCCCAAUCCUAACCUCACUUUUUCAACGCGUGUCACGUUGACGUUCUUUUUCGUUUGACUACCGUAACGAAAGCAUCCCAGAAGUUUUCUGGUUCAGCGCUGGUAAAAUUACAAGAGAUUAAUUGAACUAUCUCGACCAGAAAAUAAAAUGGCGACCAAAGAAGUCAACCCCGAGAAACCCGGACAGGAGGCCGCGUUGAUCCACAGGAUCAGGAUCACCCUGACCUCCCGUAACGUCAGGUCUUUGGAGAAGGUCUGCUCCGACCUCAUCGAUGCUGCCAAAAAGCAAAAAUUGAGGGUCAAAGGUCCCGUACGUAUGCCCAACAAGAUUUUGAGGAUUACCACCAGGAAAACACCUUGUGGUGAAGGUUCGAAAACUUGGGACAGGUUCCAAAUGAGAAUCCAUAAGAGAGUAAUCGACCUUCACUCGCCCUCGGAGAUCGUCAAGCAGAUCACCUCGAUCAACAUCGAACCCGGUGUAGAGGUUGAAGUCACAAUCGCCGAUGCAUAAACUGUUUUUAAUUUAAGUUUAAAUUGGUUACAAAUAAAUUGUUUUUGUACCUGAAUAA